AUGAGCAGUCAUUCGGUCGUCGUCGUAGCCGCCGGGAGUGUAUGCCCCGUACUCCUGACGCUGUACCACAAGAUAUUAGGGAAACGGAAGUAUCAGCUGUGGCACCAGGUUCCCUACCGCCGCCACAUGGGACAGAACGAUGUACCCAGUCCUACGGCGAAAGUGCAUCUACGAAUGAACCAGAGGUUAUUGUACCUGGAUUAUCUCAUGUCCUAUAUGACAAUAAAGGGAGAGUUGCAAAGCCGAUUCAAAACUGAUAACGGUGGUGAUCGCGUAGUAUACCUCGGGAAUUGUGCAGCCCUGUCUUUUCUUCAAAAUAUCCAACAGUUGAUCGAGACUGAGACCGGAUGCGCUUCUAUUGCAGCAGAUGUCGCGGGUCUCUCGGUGAUUGAGGAGUUGCCGCCUCUUCCACCUGAUGACUUGAUGGCGUACAACUCCGAGAAUACGGAAGAAUUGGAACGUCUUAUUCGGGUUGUCGAGACUGUGCAAGCAUUCGUUUUAAUCAGUAUCUUCAUGUUAGGAUGCUCUAGGCGAAAUGGUGCUUCCUUGAACCUAGGAAUUGCCAUUGGUGCUGCGAAAUCUCUCGGAUACCACCAGUCCAGUGCAAAUCUACCCUACGACGAUAAUGAGCGCCGGCAGAGGCAAGUGAAUCUUUCCCCGGAGAACUAUAUGAUACCGAGAAUUAACAUUCCGAGGACGUGCAGAGCGCAGAUAUGGAAAACCUUGCGUUAUCAUGAUUUGUUUUUUUCUGCAAUGAUGGGCCGAAGCUCCUCCACUUCUGAUACUAGUUUUAACAUUGAUGAAGCACCAUCUGCUACCCCCAUUGAGGAUGAAUAUGAUCAGAGCCUAUCUAUGACAGAGUCAGCGCGUGCAUUCCUCGUCAUGGAACAUAUAAUUAACGAUGUGUACACGAAACGAACGGUGUCAUUAGGCUUGCUGCAGUCCCUUGCCCAGGAGUUACAGGAAAAGUGCUCUGUGCUGCCCAAGUCGUUACGCAAAUCUUCCGGGCCUACGGUUCAUGGCAGGUUGUGUCAAUCAAUCCAACAACGCAAUCUUCGAAAUGCGCACGUCACUUGUUCGUACUACUUCGCCAUGAUGCUACUCACCAGACCAUUCUUGAUUACUAUCUUGAGGGCGAAGACACCCUCGGAAUCUGCGAGAAACCCACGCGCAAGAGGCGCCAACAACGGCGGUGAUAAUGAUAUAUCCUCGGAAAUCGCCCAUGGUGCGACAACUUGUAUUGAUUCGGCUACAUACACUAUACAGCUUUUGCACGAAUUGCUCACAGCCAACAUGCUGUUCAACAACAUGCCAUUUUUUAUUGCGUGGGUUUUCGUCUCUGUGCUCGUCUUGAGCUCGGCCUAUUUUGGCCAAUUAGAUCCCCAGAGAUCGAUAACACGAACACUACGCCAAGCCGAUGACAUCCUGGCUUGCUUUGCAGUAAACAGCCCGCAAGCCAGGCGGUAUCGCCUUAUUUUGAAGAAACUUUCAAAAGCCGCAGAGUGCCAGAACCAGACAAAGUUGCAGUCUCGUGUUCUUUAUAUGCCACGAUUAUUCCACUUGGACUCUGACGGCUCUGGAGGUGGUCCACUCGCCGCAGGUUCCAUUUCCCCCAAACUUACAGAACAAAACACCGGCAGAUAUGGCUGCACUUUGGAAGGGGAAGCAGCAGAUGGUGGAGUUACAGAUCAGCCUAAAACAUGUAACUGUUGUGGGAUUGAUCCAGGCAGAGGAGUACCAUUCCCGCAAUCUGUCGUCCGUUCCGAAGAUAUCUUGAAUGCUCCUGGCUCGAACUUGGGCGGACUCCCAAUGACAACUACGAAUGAAUCGAUCGGGCAUGGAUCCCUGUUCCAGCUUGAAGAUGAUGCAUCCAUUUGGGACUUCACCUGGGCCGGCUCACUUUAG